CUAACUUCAUGAUUUCUGACGUUUCUGACAUGUUAAAAUAAAAACGUCAGUGGAAAUAAUUUAAAGUUGGUUUUAGUGAAGCAUAAGUAGAGGGCAGUUGAAAAGUUUCCAACUCAAAACUUGUCACCAGGCAAAAAAAAGACCAGAAUAAUUACCUACUGCAGAGGAUGAUAGAAUUUAUUGUAUAAAACUGCACAAUUUAAAACAAAUUGCGAAUAAAAGAAGAUUUAAAAAAUUGGAUGUUCAUCAAAGGUGCCAAAAUAUUUAGUUGAAAUUUAUGAAAUAUGUUCUUUGAGAAUUUAGAUUUCGAAACAUUGUUCAUGGAUUCGUUUCAAAUUUCUCAAAUUACAAUUAAUAAAUUAUAUGUUAUGUAGUGAAGAUAAAAAAUAAGAACAAUCAUGGCGGCAUAAAUAAAUUAUAUUUGCCCCCAACGGAAAGGGGCACGACAAGAAUUGCAUCAAAUUGAGCUUAUCUUCCAAAAAUUAAAUAAUAAUAGUCAUACGUGCUGUGAUCUACUAAACUUUAUUUUUUGUAUAUAAGUUCAAAAUAAAAAUUAUUGAGUAAUUAAUACUCAAUUUAUUGAGUAAUUAACUUAAUUAAAUUAUAUACAAUCAAAUUGAUUUUUUGAUGUACAUUUCCUAUAUUAGGAUUUGUAAAUAAAAGGCACAAACUAUUGUGAUAAAGUGUUUUUAAAUAAUAAGUUAAUAUAUAUGUAAAUAAAAAUAAAAUGUCUUCUCAUAAUAUUGAUGGGCUCUCUCCAAAACAACAACAUGGUAACAACGAUGUAAUACACGAUUGUAACGGUUUCUUAUGUAAAUCGAAAAUCCAUGGAAAUAUUUUAAAUUCAACAUUAACGAAACGUGCAUUAACUUCGAAAGAAUUGUGUGGAUAUUUAAAUUGGGUAUGUGGUAAUUGUGCCGAAGUAAUUGAUUCAGUUGGGCGAUCAACAUUACAUAUAGCUGCGUCCAGGGGAUUGAAAGAUGUUGUUGAAUGGUUAAUUAAUUGUAAACAUGCUAAUAUUGAAUUGAAGGAUUUGGAAUCUGGUUAUACACCGUUACAUCGGAGUGUAUUUUAUGGACAGAUUCAUGUUGCUGUCCAUCUUAUUAAAAAUGGUAGCAAUUUACAAGCUUUAGAUCGUGACCAUUUAACACCACUCGAUCACGUUAUGAAGGAUCGUUUUUCUAAAAUUAGAUUUAAUCCUGAAAAAAAUAGUGAAGUAUAUAUGUGGGGAACAAAUUCAAAUUAUACUCUUGGUAUGCAACAGACAAAACCAUAUCCUGAAUUAUUGAGUAAACAAAAUAUUGACGUCGCAAUCAAACAGGUUUGUUUACGAAAAUUUCAUUGUGUUAUGAUAUCCAAAGAUGGUCGGGCAUUUUCCUGUGGACAUGGUCAAGGUGGUCGAUUGGGCUUAGGAGAUGUAAAUACAGCAAUGAAACCUACGCAAAUCAAUUUUCAUUCACGUACAUCACCAACAAAUAUUUGUAAACAAGCUGCUAUUGGUCGAGACCAUUCUAUGUUUUUAAUGGAUUCAAAUACUGUUUGGGUUUGUGGUUUAAAUGAAUAUCACGUAUUAGGAUUGUCUCCUCCACCAGAAAUGUUAUUACAACCAAAAGCACUGCCAGAAUUUAAAACAGAUAUAACUGGAAUUUGUGCUGGACGUUUUCAUUCAGUUGCUUGGUGUGAAUCCACUUUGUACACUUGGGGACUAAACGCCGGACAACUUGGACAUGAUAUAACUUCCGGAAAAACUGUUAUAAUGCCAAAACAGGUUGCAACAAUGAGAGGAAAUAAUUUUUUGAUUACCGAUGUAGCUGUAAGUGAUGGUGCAACAGUUGUUGCAGUCAAACGUGGUGAUAUUUAUGUUUUACAUGAAUAUCAAUGUAGAAAAAUAGCAUCAAAGCAAACAGAUGUCGUUAAAGUAGCUGUAGUUGGCGGACAUUUAAAUGAAAAAUUGGACAAGAAUUUAUUAAAAGAACGUGACCCUUUAAGAGUAUUAGUAAUAACAAUUGUGGGUGAUAUACUAUUAUGGCAGGAAUCAACAAUGCAACUCACCCGUUGUAUAUUUUCAUUAAAUCGUGAAUUAAUUUUUAAAGAUGCUGUUUUAAAUAAAUCAAAUGUAUUAUUGGUAACAAACGAAGGUGAAGCUUUUCAAGGUCAAAUUAAAGAACGGAAAAUUAAACCGGUUGAUCAGAAAGCAGCUCAGAAAAAAUCCGCUUUUCAUAAGUUUUUAGAUAAAAAUGAUUGUGAAUUAAUUGCUUUAACACGAUUACGAAAUGUUCAUAGAGCCGUUAAUAUUAGUAGCGAUACAAAAGGUCGUAAUUUUUGUGUAUUACAAAAUGAUCCUCGUACACAUCUAUCAGAUGAAUCUUGUAUGUCAUCUAAUUUUAAAAAUGAUUUACUCAAUUUAUUACAAGAAUCAGAUGAAAUGGAUUUUGUUCAUGAUGUUUUGUUUAAAGUUGAAAAAAAACUUUUCCCAGUUCAUCGAUUUAUAAUUGCAUCCAGUAGUACGUUAUUAAAUGCAAAAAUUGAAGCAGCAUUACCAUCAAAUAUCGUUGAAAUACCUAACAUACGUGCGGAUAUUUUUUCGGAAUUACUAGAAUUUAUUUAUACAAAAAGUUGUAAUCUACUAAGGAAUGCAGGCGAAGUAAUUGAUAAUUUUAUCAAUGAAGAUGAUAAACAAAAAUCCGCAUUCGAAUAUUAUCGAAAAAAAGUUUCGGAUAAUAAAAAAAUGCAAGAUGUAAAAAAUCCAAUUCGUGUUUUACAAGCUGUUGCUAAACAAUUGGGGGUUAUGGAAUUGUAUCGUUAUAUCGAAUCCUCUGAUGUUAUAAAUGGUACAGUUAUCCCAAAAAAAGAUACAAUUCUAAGAGAUCUUACUUUUGAUAGAGAAGCAUUUUCGGAAUUGUACGAUGUUAAAAUUCAAUGUGAAAAUGGACAACAUAUAAAAGCACAUAAAUGUAUUUUAGCAGGUCGUUUGGAUUAUUUUAAUAAUUUAUUUGCUGUACGUUGGAAUGAAAAUACAAAUCGUACUACAGUAACGCUACCAUUUCCCUUCAAAAUUGUCAGUAUUGUCGUGGAAUUUUUAUACACAGAUUCGGCACAGUUUUUUAUACAUCGUAGCGAUGUCGAUCAAUUAUGUCAUUUAAUUGUUGUUGCCGAUCAAUUAUUUUUAUUAAGAUUGAAAGAAAUAUGUGAAGUGGCGCUUAUCAAAAAAUUAACCUUACGCAACACCGCACAAAUAUUACAAUUCGCCGAUUUAUAUAACUGUGAAAAAUUAAAAGCAUGUUCAAUGGAAUUUAUCUGCUUAAAUUUAGCUGCACUAUUAGAGAAUCGAUCACUGGAAUGUUUAGAAGAUUCAGUUUUAGAAGAACUUAGUACUUAUUACUGGGAUCAUAAUCCAAAAUUACAUACACGAUUAAUAACACCGUAUUCAGAUGCAUCUAGUGAUGAAGUAGUGAAAAGUGUGUGUGAUUUAUAUCCAGUGAAUUUAGAACAUAUAGAUGAUGAAGCUGAUAGAAAUCGAGCGAAAUUAAAUCAUAAAAAGAAGAUACGAACACGAAAACUUAGUCAAACAGAAUCUCCCAAAGAUAAAAAUCAUAACAAUUCAAUUUCUUCAAAUAUAUCUGAAAAUGAAAGUGAAAUAUUUACACUUGAACGUUUUAUCGAUAAAGAGGAAAAUGGUAUUAACUCUGAUUGGAUUCAAGUGAAUAAAACUCCACAACAGAAAAUAAUUCAAGCUCGUCUUAAAGCAAUCGGGAUUAUGAAAGAUGAACAAAAAUUAAAUAAACCGAUUGUUGAAGAAUUUACAACGUUAAAUACAAUUGAAUCGAUAAAUUCAAAAUCACCAGAAAAUAAAACAUUUAAAUUUGAUUUUCCCGAAUUAAGUUCAUCAAAAUCCAAUAGUAUAUUCGAUAGUGCAAAAUCACCACCGAAAUACGAUUUUCCAAAAAUGCAUAAACUUUCACAAAAACAACGGAAACGUUUAAGCUCAGAAAAUUCCAUGACAAGUUUAACCAAUAAUCUAGAGAAUGUAACAUUAAAGGGUCAUGCAAAUGGUGAAGGGGAUACUGUUGCUGAAAAGAAAAAUCCAUGGAAAAAAGUGGAUGUUGUACCUGAACAAAAUAUAAAUUCAGGAAUAUUAUUUCCGGAUAUUAUUGCAUGUGAACAGAAGAAAAAAGAGAAUUUAACGAAGAUGAUUGCGAAGCCACUUAUAUUGACACAGAUUGAAGAUCGAGCUAUUGAAGACAUCAAACGUUUUUACAAUGUCGAAAAUGUAUUCGAAGAAUAUUUAACUGUACAACGUGUAACUAAUAACAAUAUUGCUGUUCCACAAUGGGUAAAAGGAAGGAGCAAAUGAUUGAUGCAUUCAUAAAGAUAAUGUUUUAUCUUCCGAAUUACCAUACAGAGUGGUCCAUCAAAAAUGAAAUUCAUUUUGAGCAAACUUACAAAUAUUAUGAAAUUUUGUGAUGACAAGAAAUUUGUUCAUCAAAAAUGUAAAUUCGAUUCUAGGUUUUUUAGAAUUUUUUAAUUAAAUACUAAUGUUUUUAUAGGGAAAUAGUUAUCGCAGCUUAAAUUAUAUUUUUAACACCCGAACCAAAAGAAGGGGUGUUAUAAUUUUGUCCGCUAUGUGUGUGUGUGUGUGUCUGUCUGUCUGUGGCAUCGU